AUGUGUGUCUUGUUCUUCAUCAAAGCAUCCAUCCGUUUCAGCGUUGCCCAGCCGACCUCCGUCAGCUCACCGGUCAAGACGGCUAUCUCGGCACCAGUCAUCCCAGAGGGCAUCAGGGAGGAAUGCUGGGUGGGCCAUGGCGAAAUCAUCAUACGCUACCUGAUCAAUGCAAGCUCUGUUGGGGAAACCAGUGCUGUGGGGGGAGAACGCUUCAAGGUUGCUACCUUGAACGAGAUCACGCUGCUGAUGACUUCUAUUUCCGAGUCGCUGUCGACAAAGACCGGGGUUUGUUGA